AUGUCCAAAGAGUUCUCCCACCCUAUGAUCAAGGACGGUUGGUUUGCCGAAGUCUCAGAUACCAUGUGGCCAGGCCAAGCAAUGUCGUUACGUGUUGAUCGGAUCCUAAAUGCCGAAAAGACCAAGUAUCAGGAUCUACUUGUGUUCAAGUCGACAGACUAUGGUAACGUUUUGGUUUUGGAUGGUGCCAUCCAGGCAACGGAGAGAGACGAAUUUGCCUACCAGGAAAUGAUUACCCACUUGGCCAUGAACUCGCAUCCUAAUCCAAGGAAGGUGUUAGUCAUUGGCGGUGGUGAUGGAGGUGUUUUGAGAGAAGUUGUUAAGCAUGACUCUGUCGAAGAGGCAGUCUUGUGCGACAUUGACGAGGGAGUAAUUGCUAAUGCCAAGAAGUACCUACCCGAAAUGUCCAAAUCGUUUAGUCAUCCAAAGGUUAAGGUGCAUAUUGGUGAUGGUUUUAAAUUCUUGGAUGAAUUUAAAAACACCUUCGAUGUCAUCAUCACUGAUUCCUCCGAUCCUGAAGGACCAGCAGCUUCUCUAUUUCAAAAACCAUACUUCCAGUUGUUGCACGAUGCGUUGACUGAAGAUGGAGUUAUUACCACACAGGCAGAAUCAAUGUGGAUCCAUUUAGAUAUUAUCAAGGAAUUAAAGUCCGCUUGUAAAGAUGUUUUCACAAAUGUCGAAUAUGCGUACACAACAAUCCCGACAUAUCCAACAGGCCAAAUUGGGUUUAUGGUUUGUUCCAAGAACUCCAAGGUCGAUUUGAAGAAACCACUUAGAUCUGUCUCUGAAACCGAAGAGGAAAAAUUAUACAAAUACUACUCAAAAGACAUCCACUCUGCUGCCUUUGUCUUGCCAAAUUUCGCAAAAUAUGCAUUGCAAUAA